AUGGCCGCGCCUUCUAGCGCGUCCCAAGCCGUCAAGACGACGCGUUCAAGCAUCGACGAAGUCUCCCAACCCCGACGAGUCCCGCACGAGAUUUUCCUCGCCAUACUUGACGAAUUGAUUGCGGUCUUCGAGGCUUCAAUGGAACGUGCAUGCUGGAUUCUCACAGCCGAGUCUCCAUACAUUUCAAGUUUGGCAUGUCAACCAAACUUCGUGCGACAGCAGAGACACCGACUUGCAUGCUUCACGAGGAUUGCGCUGAUCAGCAAAGACGCACAAGCGCACGCCAAUCGAAACUUUGGCCGUCGUUUUCAAAUCUGGGCAGUGCUUCAGAAGCUCAGGAAAGAGAUGUCUUGCCACAUACUGACCCUGCCCAGAAUCGACGAGUUUUCAAUGCACUAUAACCAUUUUUACUAUAUAAAGGGCGGGGUUCCGUGGACGCCUGAUCUGCGGUGUAGGACGUCGUUGCUGCCCCAUAUCGAGACGCUGAAUAUCCCGUAUAUCUUGUCGCCUGACAGAUUCGCGCGCAUCUUGUCCGACUUUUUUGACGUCAAACUCCUCCGGACCUUUUACGAGCGUCGAGAUAGAUUAGUCUCAAUGUGGGAAGAGGAGGAAAACCUCUGCUCCCACGGCAAUCUUCUGCCCGCCAACGAAAAAGUCCUCCCAAUCUUGCAGGCGGGUUCCCCCAGUAGGCAGAGUAUCGAGAAGGCGCUGGACCGGGGCACUCGCGUCAUCCUCGAGGGUUAUAUUGGCAGGAAUGAUGUCGAGGUGUUUUCCACGCAGAAGGGCCUUCGGGUGAAAUUUUCCCACUCCGAGUUCGAGUGCGCCUGCGACGCGACUCGCCGUGAUUGGUUAGAGAGAAGGAGAUACCUAUUAGGUUCAGAGCGCUGUCUGUUCCCAGGCUGA